AGUCGACAGAUCAAAGACUAGAAAGAAGUCUGUGAACAGAUAUUGUUGAAUUAAUAAUUAAUGUAUUUUAAUCUUUGGACAACAUUGGCCGUAUAAAAUAAAUCAAUGGGUAGAGUAUAGAUAAAGUUUCAUCUAUUUCAUAUCCUGUUCGCAAAUCCUCAUUAAACAAUGAGUAAGUACGGAAAUAGUCCAGGUCCUGUACCAGAUCGAUGGAUGUAUUGCCCUAGAAAAGCAGAUCAAUUGAUUAUAAAGAAAUUUAUGGCAUUCAAGACACCAUUAUCUUCAAGAUUUGAUGAUGAUGUACCUCCAAAAUGUAGAUUUGCUCCAAGCAUGGUAUUUGAUGCAUGUCGAACAAAUAAGGUUAAACUUGGAUUAUGGAUAGAUCUAACAAAUACUAAGAGGUUUUAUGAUAAGAAGGAGAUAGAAUCAAGAGACUGUAAAUAUAUGAAGCUUAAUUGCCGAGGGCAUGGUGAAUGUCCCUCACCUGAGCAAACUACAACUUUUGUUAACAUAGUUCAUGAUUUCAUAUCUAAAAAACCCUUGGAAAUUAUUGGAGUUCAUUGUACACAUGGGUUUAAUAGAACUGGAUUUUUGAUAGCUUCAUAUUUGGUAUUAAAAUGUGACUGCAGUGUAGAAAUUGCCCUAGAUAUGUUUGCAAAAGCUAGACCACCUGGUAUAUAUAAAGCCGAUUAUAUUGAAGAAUUAUAUAGGAGAUAUGACAGCAUUGAAGAUGCUCCUCCACCACCAGACCGACCUGAUUGGGAAGCUGAAGAAGAAAACGAUACAAAUGGAACAGAAUUUAGCGAUAACAGAACAGAACAAGGCAACAACAUGGCAUCUACUUCAUCUGGAAGGUCGAGUAACAAGAAAAAACAAGAGCCCAAAUUUAUGGAAGGUGUCCCAGGAGUUACUGUAUUCAGGGAAUACCCUAAAAUGUUAGAUCUCCAGAAGAAGGUCCAAAGAAUGUGCGAAUGGAAAAGAAAUGAAUUUCCUGGUUCCCAACCGGUAACAAUGAGUAAUGAAAACCUUCAUUUAUUGAAGGAAAAACCAUAUAUGGUGUCUUGGAAAGCGGAUGGGAUGAGGUAUUUGAUGCUGAUUGAUGGUAAAGAUGAGGUGUACUUCUUUGACAGAGACAACAAUGUCUACAAAGUGUCAGAUUUGUCAUUCCCGUUUCGCAAAAAUUUGAGGGAUCAUUUGCGAGACACUUUGGUCGAUGGGGAAAUGGUAAUUGACAAAGUGAAUGGAGAAGACAUACCUAGAUAUUUGGUGUAUGAUAUUAUUCAAUUCAUGGGUCAGGAGGUUGGCAAGACUUCUUUUCGCUCAGUUAGAUUGCUUUGUAUUGAGAAAGAGAUUAUUAUUUCAAGAAAAACUGCAAUGGAAAAAGGUUUGAUAAAUAGAGCCAAUGAACCAUUUAGUGUUAGAAAAAAGGAAUUCUGGGAAAUAUUCCAAGCUGAAAAUUUGUUAGGUCCAAAAUUCGCAGCCUCUCUAUCUCAUGAACCUGACGGACUGAUUUUCCAACCUGCAGAAGAUCCCUAUGUUGCUGGUCGAUGUGAUAGUGUGUUGAAAUGGAAACCAACUGAGUUGAAUUCUGUUGACUUUAAGAUGAAAAUUGUUAGAGAACAAAGAGAAGGCUGUGUACCCUGCAGAAAAAUUCAGCUUUUUGUAGGACAAUUGAGUGAACCUUUCGACAGUAUGAAGUAUAAUAAGGAAUUGAAAGAUCUCGAUGGUAAAAUUAUUGAAUGCAAAUAUCAGAACAAUCAAUGGGUGUUUAUGAGAGAGAGAACUGAUAAAUCAUUUCCAAACAGCUAUGAUACUGCUUAUUCUGUUUGUCAGAGUAUACGAAAACCUCUCACUAAAGAAGCUUUAUUGGAAUACAUCCAUUAUUUGUAUGAUAGGAAAAUUAUGCCACCUCCAAAUAAAAAGAUAAAGAGAUGACCAGGUCAUGUCAUCAAAACUUAUUUAUUCCUUUACUCUUCAUACAAAUCAUCUGUAUAUAUUAUUUCUUUUUGUCAUUACCUUUUACAAUUAUUAUUGUAGAAGGUAAGACAUUGAAUUGUACAAAGCUUGCAUGAUGUAAUAAUUAAUUAUCAUUAAGAAGAAGAAGAAUAAAUUGUCAUUCGAA